AUGGUGAAGGAGAGAAGCUCUUCAAUAAUUAAGUUGGAGAACUUUGAAAAUGCGGAGACCUUGGUAGAAAAUUACAGAAGAGAGCUUGAAAUACAUAGAUUACAUGAAACUUUGCAGUCUAUGCUAAUAGAAGAAGAUGAGUCAAUUAGUAAUAUUUUGAACACCGCCUAUGGAGAUUAUUCAUUGAUUUCGACAGAGUUAUUACCACUGAUUGAUAGUUUUUUGCCAAGUAUUAAACAAUUUCAAGAGAAAAUUGAUUCCAAUAUCAAUGAAGUUACAUCUAUAGUUGAAAGAUAUUCAGAAGAUAUUAAUUCAAAGAUAAAUAAUCAUAGCCUACUUUUUACCAAAAAGCUGGAGCAUAAUUUAUUUAUAAUUUGUCACAAUGAAAUUAACAGAUUUAAGGAGAUGUUGUUAAAUACAAAAGACCUGUUUAAUAAAGAUGAAACAAGCACUCCAUUUCUAUCAAUAAGAUUAGUUCAUUACUGUAUUUUAAGGUUAUUAAAGAUUAGAAAAAGCAUUGAUACCAUAUAUCAAACCAUUUCAAAAAUGAAUGCAAAACUUGGCUUUGAGCUCGAGAACAAUAAAUAUUAUAAUGAAUGUUUUGAAAUGUGUAAUGAUUUCUCUGAUGAAUUAAAAGAAUUAGUUAUUCAGGCGUCUAGUAAUCUACUACUAGUCAAUGAUAGUAUAUUUUCGGAAUCAGAAGAAUUCAAACAAAAUGAUAAUCUAUUGCUUCAAUGUAUUUUUCUUCUAAAUCUCAAGGCUGAGUUCAUAACUAAAAUAAACAGUUAUAUUGAUAAUGAAAUUAUUAAAAAUUACAUCUUUAGUUCCAAUAAAGACGACAAGCUUUUUUUUUCUAAUUUAAUAUGUGAGUUGGAAAAUAUUAUUCAAGGCGAAAAAUUAGCCAAACUGAUCAAGAAAAUUGUAUUUUCGUUAUUUAAUUACGACAAUACUGAAUAUCUGACGUUUGUAAUAGACAUUUACAUUCAAGGUAUUUUGUUAUACUUAUUGGAGUAUCUGGAAAAUCAAUAUUCUGAACAUAUAGUUUCACCAACAGCUCCAAUGGAUUUAUUUGUUCAUCAACUCAAUUCUAUUGUGUCUCUUAUUGAAAAAAAUGAGAAAAUACUGAUCAAUUAUGAAUCCAACGUAAUUCCAGCCAAUAAAUUGAAAGACUUGAAGCUUAGAAUUCUGAUUUGUUUCAGAGAAAACUAUUUCAUCAAUAAUUAUUCAAAAAAAUGGAAAUUUGGGACUUAUUGGAAUCUAAUUUAUAGAAAUAUUCUCAAUAGAAGGAUCAGUAUCCGAAAUGAACUGGUAGAAUUUUCAAAAGUUUAUGUAUAUGACAAUAAGAAGUAUUGGCUAAAGUAUUCAAUAGAAAUCAUACGUCAAAUACGUUGGAUACUGGGGAAUUCUUCAAUUCACAGUAAUACUCCUCUCCCUCCUUCAAGAUACUUUGUUCCUUUAUUUACACGCUGUCUUUAUUCCUCAUUGUCACUACUAUAUGACUACUCAAGUUACUUGUUGAGCUUUACAGAAUUAAGCCACUUUUCUGAGAAAAGUAACCAAAACAAUUCAAUUUGGUCCCCGAAAACCAAGCCGGAACAUAUUUGUUGUGUUUUGAUGGAUGCAAUUUCUUUUGAAGAAUGGGUGGAGAGUCAUUUUACAAACGAGAUGUUCUUUCAUAUUUAUAAUGUAAAAAGUGAAUUUGGAUUCACUGAAUCAUUUGACUUCUCUGAUUCGGAAAAUGUUCUAAAUAUUGAUCAGCUCAAAUCAAUGGUUAAAGAUGAGUUGAUUAAUAAGGACUAUUUGGUUCAUAUUAAUGAAAACCUUUUAAAGCCACUAAGUAACACAAUUAGUCUUUAUUUGAAAAAUCAAACAAUAAGGAUUUUUGAAUCAGGACUUAGAGCAGUCCCUUGCUUAUAUAGACUUACUGCUACAUCAAUUUCUAACAAAUCUACUGAUAGAGCUGAAAAUAGUGAAAGAAUACCAAGUAGUUAUAUUGAAAAUGCAACAAAACCAGUUGAGAUAUUUCUAAUAUUUUCUUUAAAUGCAAUUAAAUCAAUUUUGGCAGAUUUAAGUACCAAUACAAUACAAAAGUUAAAAGAAAUAUAUAACAAUAUCUUGUAUGUUACUUUUGAUCAAAUAUUUUUACAAAUAUUUGAUAUUUGUGAAAAACAAAUUCUUUCAUCCAAACACCAACUGGCUUCAUUACAGAAGCUAGCACAGAAAAAUAUAGAAGGAUCGGCAGCUAAUAGAAUUGACCCGAGUAUAAUAGCAUCCCAAUAUAUGACAGACAUUGAUACAUGGCUAGCAAAAAUGCUCAAAUUAAUCUCAGGCUUUUUCAAUAAUUUAGAUCCAGGAUCUGAGAAUUGUGUUGAAGAAUAUAUUAAUGCAAUAAAAGAAGCUCCUAGUUACACUAAAUUAUACGGAAUACUAAAGAGUUAA